CUGUAGGUCAACUUUCCGCCUGCCGCGCAGCAUCCACCGCGAGCUACAGCAUCCCGAAGCGAGCGGCAGCUCAUCCUCACCAUCAACCUCAUCUUUGAUUUCAUUAAAAAAAAAACUGUUCGCGUAGGUGUUCGCGGGCGUUUUCUUUUUCUUGCACUGGCGGCUCAUUUCGAGGAUGGCCGAGAGCGAGGCAGACACGCCGAGCACGCCGAUUGAGUUUGAGAGCAAAUAUUUCGAGUUUGAUGGAGUGCGGCUGCCGCCCUUCUGCAGAGGGAAGAUGGAGGAGAUCGCCAACUUCUCCCUCCGAAGUAGCGACAUAUGGAUUGUCACCUACCCAAAGUCAGGCACCAGCCUUCUUCAGGAGGUUGUAUAUCUAGUGAGUCAGGGAGCAGACCCAGAUGAGAUCGGCCUUAUGAACAUCGAUGAACAGCUGCCUGUCUUAGAGUACCCCCAACCUGGCCUGGACAUCAUACAGGAGCUGACAUCCCCUCGUCUCAUCAAAAGCCAUCUUCCCUAUCGAUUCCUCCCCACAGCCAUGCACAAUGGAGAGGCCAAGGUGAUCUACAUGGCGCAACCAAAGGACCUGGUGGUGUCUUACUACCAAUUCCACCGCUCUCUCAGGACCAUGAGCUACCGAGGAACCUUCCAGGAGUUCUGCCGGCGCUUCAUGAAUGACAAGCUGGGAUAUGGUUCCUGGUUUGAACAUGUUCAGGAAUUUUGGGAACAUCGUAUGGACUCUAAUGUCCUCUUCUUGAAAUAUGAAGACAUGUACAAGGAUCUGGGGACGUUGGUGGAACAGUUAGCCCGGUUCCUGGGUGUUUCCUGUGACAAGGCUCAGCUGGAGGGCAUGGUGGAGAGCUGCAACCAGCUCAUCGAGCAGUGUGGCAACUCUGAGGCACUGUCCAUCUGCAGGGGUCGUGUGGGUCUUUGGAAGGACAUCUUCACAGUGUCUAUGAAUGAAAAAUUUGAUGCGACGUACAGACAGAAGAUGGGCAAAUCCAACCUGACCUUUGACUUCUGUCUGUGAGGGGCCCCUGACCCCGCCCUCCCCCUGUACCGCCUCCCUACUCUCCUCUCCACUGAUCUACUUCAGUACAGUCGACAAGUGCACACUUCCUGCCAAAAGCCAUGCUCUUACAUCUCCAUUCAGUCAAUCAGUCUGACAGUGGGAUUACACUACAAGCCUCAAGUCAUCAAAAAACCCUCCCUUGUGGACUGAUAAAUCCAGACUUAGCAGGAAUCUAUUGAAAUUUCUCAAUCAAUAUUCAAACCAAACCUCUCUCAACCCCUGCCUCCACAGUUUGUUCCCACUGCUGUGUAUGUGUACAAACCAAGCAGGGUUCCACCCGUAUGGGUUUUUAGGGGCACAUACGUUCAAUACAGGGAGCUAUGUGCGGAUAAUUAUAACUGAAAUACACAGAAAAUCACAUGUCAAUAAGGGAAAAAACGCCACUUCAGUCGUUACACUUUUUAUGUAAUGAUUAUCUUUCUUCUGGGCAAAGUUGCUCUGUCUGUUAUUUGCCUGUCCAGAAGGGCCUGGUUAUGCUAGAAAAAAAGCAGCUAGUAGAAAGUGUUGUCUGACCACAUCUAAAGUCAAACGUGUUUAUAUCUGUUCCAAAUGGUAACAUUCAAAAGGUAGUUUUGGCGUCUGGUCUGUUUUUCCCGUGCGAUGCAGCUAGCAUGUAAACACUCUCUCUACUCUCUCACCACUGAGUUUCAAUUCUCCAGAUUAUUCCCCCCACAUGAUGAAAUAUCACAAUCUGUCCAUCCACUAUAGCUAUUAGAAACAGUAUCACUGCUGUUCGCGAUUGAGUUUUUUAUAUUACGUACUUAUUCCACAAAUUUAGCCAGUUGUGUUUAAACAGAGAGCGAGAGAGGCGGCACAAUUGUCAGAUAGCUCUUCCUCCUGUCUGAACCCGGAGUGAGAUCACUUUCUCUUGGGGACCCUACUGAAGCCCCUAUUGCCCUUAACAACUCAGGUCGCACUUCUCGAAGGGGUUCGUAGGCUCUCUGGACUGGCUCUUAGGACAGUGUGAGGAGCUCAGACAGUUAGCUUUCAAUGUGCAGUUAAACUGAAAGGAGCAAAUUCCAUUCAUCUUUUAAUGAUGCUUGGAAGUCUCCAUGUGGACAUACUCCAAGCAGGUCCAGCUGGGAGAGGACCCUGGGGCAGACCCAGAACAUGCUGGAGGGUUGUAUAUCACACCUGGCCUGCUUCCACAGAGAGAUAUGUAACGACUGCUUUACUUAUUCUGUGAUUGCCUUUAUAUUCUAAUCUAUGUGUUUGACCAGGAGCCUAGGAGGACACCAGUAUAUAGGGUGCAUCAUAAAUCCUAUAGGGUUCAGCUGAGGAGUGGUGAAACUCUUUUGCCCUGAUGUGUUUGCUCUAACAAGAGGGAGAGGAAGGGCCAUUUUGGCCUACUUGGGCUGAUCACAAGGAGACUAUGCUCAAGCUUACCUUCUAGAGGGUAAUGAGUCCUGAACAGGUAGUGUAAAGUGGGUUUUUUCUGCAGCUGCUGGAAACAAGGUUGAUGAUUGCGGUGACAUUGAACCAAAAUAGUGAAGUUGCAAGCUUGAAAACCAAAACAAUAUCUAAAAGAUGCUGAAACGCUCCUAGAGUUGGGGGGAACAGUUUUUUUUUAUUUAAGUCAUGCAUUCACUUUGACUUGUGAUUUGCAGUGUUUAUCAGCCACAAAUAUCUGUACGAAACCUCAGAUAUUCUCUUCGAUGAUUCAGGAUGUCAGGUGGAUAGACCCUCUGAAACAUUUACACCAUCAUGAGACACUAACCUCUCCAGAGAAGCCAAGGUUAAUGAAACUAUUUUAUGGUCAGUAGCGCUAUAGGUGAGGCCACACACACCUGGUGGUGUUGUGGUGUUGGUGGGGAAACUGGAACACAUUACUGCCUGUAAGUGAGGAAUAAACUUACCCAGCAACACCCUGCUGUUGAAAAGAUGUUGGAAAGGCAUUAGGCACGAUGGCUGAUUAAGACUUAUCUACAGUUCUAAAAUGCCUAUGGAUGUCACAAGUUACAGAUGUGAUGGAUAUCUUCUAACUAAAGAACUUACACAGAUAACAAUAGCCAUUUCUGCCCUUUAGUUUGUCAAACCGAUAUAUUAGUCUAACCACUUGUCUGGAUGCCGCAGUGGCUCAUAGUCAGGUAGACGCUUGGAAGGUAACUGUAAGAGGGUAAGCCAAACCAGUAGGGACGUCUAUCACGCAGCUCAGUUUCACAGCUGAGACACUGUUAGAUGAUCAUUGUGCUGCAGUGCAGCCUCCAUCACUGGUUGUCACUGGACACUUAUGUACAAUCUGUAUGUGAGUGUGUGUCUGAGAGAGACAGAAAGAGGUAGAAAGAGAGUUAUAUCUUACGUUUGUACCUCCAUAAUGUAUCAUGGCUCUCAGACUGACCUACAUAUCAAAUUCAAGGUUUCAUCAAUGAUCUUUAAAACCACCAUAUGUAGAAUAACGUAUGAUAAAAAUGUGUAACUCUUCAGUGAUAGUGUCAAAGAUAACGCUGUGUUAGCAUCUGAUGCUGAGAUUAAUGGGCUGAAAGCAAAGACGGCUGCAGGAUUUUCGCCUUACUCUGAAACAAAAGCUUACACAAUCAGAAUCAAUUCUUAUUGAUCACAUAAAAAAUCUACAAAUAAUGUCACUCCUAAACACUUUGCUUUAAAAAAAGUUUUAACUGGUAUUUUGUGUACAACCAUGGUGGUUACCUUGUCAGCAUUUGAAACAAUCUGCUGCGCUGUAUUUACUGUACAUCAUAAAAUAGAAACCCUCUGGUGGUUAAGAUGAGCAGCUGCUGCUCAGUUGCAGAUACAGCUGUGCCAAACACUGUUGAAAGUAUAUAAUGUAUUUUCUCCCAGGUAUAAAGGCAUUUUUAGACCCUCAUCUUUAAUGUAGACAAACAUUUAAACCUUGUCAUUAUUUUCUCUUUUUUAGUUUGUUUUGUUUGGAGAGUAAAAAUGUGAUAAUUCAAAAGAUAUGAUGUGUACACAAAGAUAUACAUAUAUACAGAGACACGUAAAGCUGUAUAUACAUGAAUAAAAAAUAAAGCCUGUGCAGGAGAGGUAGAAAGCCAAAAACUUAUGCAAAGGCCUCUUCUAAAUACUCAAGGCGACAUAAACAGGAUUACAUAAAUCAACAAGACAUGACAGAGCUCUGUAAAUAACACCGAGGACACGGAGAGGUAACUCUGCUAAACUUACAUCAACACCACAGAGCUCCAUCAGAUUUCCCUCAGGAUGGUUAAGACAGCUAGUUAAGAGAAGUGAUGAGUGUGUUUGUUUUGAUAGUAAAAUCUCACACAUGGCUAGAUAAAUCUGCCCAGGGACCCCUCCCAACCACAUGUUGCAAUUCAGAAAACACAUUAUUGUGACACUUAAGUCUUAAAACUACAAGAAAAGAUAAUAAUGCAAGACCCACCUUAGUUAAUAUUAAUAUUAUUUCCUAUAUGAAUUAGCUGUUGAUCAAAUUACAUACAACACACUUACACAGAGUGAACUUAGGUGCCAUUAUUUUUACGUGUUUCAUAAUCAGAUUCCUUCCUAAUGUAAUUUUAAUACACUUGUUUACACGUGGCCACAUUCACACUCUGUUAGCUACAUCACAAAUCUGCUUACAGUCCAUCUCGGUGUUCCCAGCUACAUGCAAAUUAGAGUUGGCUCUACUUCAGCCCAGAGGGGGGUGGUAAUGCACCUGAAACUGUUUGGUACACUUUGCAUGUGGCAGGAAGAACAAUGGCAGGCUUCGGUUGCCAGACCAUGUACAGGUAUUUCAACAGACUAUUGGCGUAGUUACACUUCAGGAGAAUAAAGACUGACUAUGCGUGUUAGAGAAAUGGAUGUAUUCACACCUAUUAAACACCUGCAUCUCAAACCACCUCCCAUGGUGGUUGGAUUUCAGUCCAUAUCUAAUACUUCUUGGAUGCAUUUACACGUUGCUUUUUAGCUAUCAAAUAGCUAACUGAGUCACCCAAGAUGUAUGGAGUGCAUAAGUGGAAAUGGGGCUCUGGGGAACUGAUUGGUGAUCCACACACUCUUUUUCCUGUGUGAACCAGACUACACAUUCCCACUGACUAGUGAACAGUGUGUUUCUCUUUGUUUAUCUUGGUUUUCUCAGAAAUGUCAGGUUAGGGCUGCAGGAGAGGAGAGAGCAGCGUAUUAUUAACCCAUAACCAGCAUUAACUGUGUUCUGCUACUCACUGUAGUGUCACCACAGCAACGGCAUCUGGAGUCAGACUAUCCACCUGAGGCAUCUCUAACAACCAGUCUAGCAUCCCCUCCUCUUUCUCUAUUGCCACAAUGGUUUCCAGUCAGCAGAUCAGUCCCUGCCCUCUGCCAGACACUUGUGAAUGUCUUUAUUGUGUGGAUGUAAACAACAACCUCAGCACACACUCGUCACGCCGCCUCUUUCACGGCUGCUCAUUCUUUCUUUUCAUUGUUCUUUCUUCUCGCUGUCACUCUGUUUACAGCCGUUGGCAAGGCUUCAGCUGCCCCUCUCCACUUUUAUGGUUUGUUUGGGUUUUUAUACAUGCCUGUCUCUGUUUCUUGGGUGUCUUGCGUUGUAUUUUACAUGCUUUGCUUGCUGGUUUAUUAAUAAAGGUAUGUCUUCAGGCAGUAUCUGA